AUGCCUUCCGCAAAGUUCAACGAGGUCUACCAGAAGACCCGCGAGAUCAAGAGCGGACCUAGCAACGAUGAUUUGCUGAACUUGUACGCCUACGCCAAGAUCGCGCAGGGCGAGAACAUCGAGAAGGCGCCCAAGCCGGGCAUGAUGGACUUCACCGGCAAGGCCAAGCGCAAGAGGUGGCAGGAGGUCGUUGAUGCCGGUACCUCGCAGGCCGACGCGGAGAAGAAGUACAUCGAGCUUGGCGAGUCGCUGAUCAAGACGCACUUGAAGUGA